CUUGCAUUUCAUGAUCAAAUAGAUUUCAUGGAUGGAAUAAGCCUUUCUAAAAUUAGUUGGGAAACUGCAUGCAUCAAGGAAUCAGCACGUUUCCUGUCCUCCCCCUUUUUAUCAAAAUAUCUGCAAAUAUGUUUCCCACACGGGACGUUGCAGGGCGUCUAAUCCGAGAUAAGAAAUUAACCGAGAACCUUUCCGGUUUUGCAACUGCACUAAUUUCGGAUAAUUCCUGGUCCGAAGAACUUCAAAUAAACGAGAAUGACAAGUUGAACUUUAUCAAAGAAAUAUUGCAAAAAUGGGUAUCGAAAAAUGGGAUUGCAGCUACUCUCACUAAACUGGUGGAGUUGCUACUGUUGGCAAAACUUGAUAGUGCAGCAGGCAUAAUCCAGCAAGGGUUUGGCAUGUACGACAAGCAGCUCGGGCCAAAUCCACCGUUCACUUAAUUAAAAUCAUACUUACACAUCUUAAUCAUAAAUUGAUCAUAAACACAUUUGUCAAAAAAAUUGUAAAUAUGCCUACUUUACAAA